CUUCUUUCUCAUCACACAGAAGGUCAAGAGGAAAGAUACCAUGGCUCCCAAAUCAUCCUUCCUCUCUCAUCAGCCCUCCAAAGAUAAGGAUGAGAGUGGAGAAUCAUCCUCAGAGGAAGAAGAAGAAGAAGAAGAUGAUGAUGAUGAGAGAGAAGAAUCAGGGCCCCAUUCUUCCGAGACAGAUUCGUCCGACGACGAAACGGAGGCCGUGUCCUCCUUCGACAAAGCCGAAAAUCGACCAACCCUAGAAAAUCUCAAUUCCCCAAUCCCCGCCCCCAAAUUCGAUCCGAGAUCGGCCUCCCGACACAGCGACACCGAUUCGGACGGCUCCCCUUCUAGUUACGUGAUGCAGCCGAUCACCAAGGGCUCCGUCUCCUCAUCGAAGCGCAGUCGUGGCGAGAUUGAGGGGGAUUCGUUGAGGAGCUGUAAGAGCUUGCGAACUGAGGAGAAGAAAUCGCUUUCCUCUCCGGCCGGAGGGGGUGGGGUGGGGUGUAUCAACAGGCUGUGGAGUAAUGAGGAUGAGAUCGCUGUGCUGAAUGGGAUGAUCGAAUUCAAAAUUGCCAAGGGGUCCAGCCCUAGCGCCGACAUGGGGGCGUUUUACAGCUUUAUAAAGGGGAAACUGAAGGUGGAUUUCUCAAGGGAUCAGCUGAGGUCUAAGAUUACAAGGAUGAAAAAGAGGUUUUUGAAUGCUUUGAAGAAGGGAGAGAAGGGUUCUGACCCUGUCUUCUCCAAGCCUCACGAGGAUAUGGCGUUCGUCCUCUCUAAGAAAAUUUGGGGGAAAAGUGUGGAUGUGAAGAAGAAGCUGGAUGAGGAUGUGGUGGAUGAGAGAGAGGUUGUGGAGCGAGAAGGAGAUGGUGAAGGAGUGGAUUUCUGGUCCAAGUAUCCGAAUAUUAAUGCGUCUUUUGAUAAUAUGAAGGCGAGCUUCCCUUCUCUCGUUGCUCCGGUGGCUGGGAUGAGUUUGUUGAAGGAGAGGUUGAGUUUGAUUGGGAAUGUGAAGGCCAAGGAGUUGGAUGAUAAGUGGAAGCAGUUGCUUGUGGAGAAGACUGAGCUGGAUUACAAGAUUUUGAUAUUGAUGAAGGAACAGGUUCAAAUGGCUUUGGAUCAGUAAUAGUGUUGGGAAUUGCUAAGUUGGUAACAUUUUUUUGGCUUGAAUUUAUACCUUUUUAAAGUCAAAUGUGAUUCUCCGUUUUGAUUAGCAAAAUGGAUUUUUUGAUAAAUGUUUACUAUCUUGCUUAUGAUAAA